AUUUUUCAUUCUAUACAUUAUUCUCUUUGGAUAUAUAUAUAUAGCUAUAUAAAUAUAAUUUAUUGUUAUAGAAUUGAGAUGGCUAUGUUGGAGGUGGUGGUGGUGGUGAUGAUGAUCACUACUCUGGUCAUGGCCUCAUCAUCAAAUAAUAUCUAUGCUAAUGCAAUCAAGUCUGAACCACAAGUUCCUUGCUUCUUCAUAUUUGGAGAUUCUUUGGCUGAUAAUGGAAACAAUAACCAGCUUCUCACUUUGGCUAAAGUCAACUAUGAACCCUAUGGGAUUGACUCCCCAGAUGGCCCAACUGGAAGAUUCACCAAUGGCCGAACCACUGUUGAUAUUUUAGCUGAGCUUCUGGGUUUUGAAAAGUACAUUCCAGCCUUUGGUUCACUUAAUAGUAGCUCCAAUUUAAUGAGUGGGGUCAAUUAUGCUUCUGGGGCAGCUGGAAUUCUCUCACUUUCUGGGAAACAUAUGGGUGACAAUAUUGGUCUGAGGAAACAAGUAAGGAAUCACAGGGUUUUGGUGUCAAAAAUUAUUGAGACACAAAGGGACAAAGGACUAGCCAAAAAGUACUUAAACAAGUGCUUGUAUUGGGUUGCAAUGGGAAAUAAUGACUACAUUAACAACUACUUCAUGCCUUGGAUUUACCCUUAUGGAAAUCUUUACAAUCCUGAUCAGUUUGCCGAUCUUCUUAUCCAAAAAUACAGUAGCCAAAUCAUGAAAUUGUACAAUAAUGGAGCAAGAAUGGUUGCUUUGAGUGGACUAGGGCAGAUUGGUUGCACUCCAAACUCGAUAUCGACUUAUGGAGCAACCAAUGGAUCAACAUGUGUAGAUUACAUGAACGAAGCUGUUCAAUUCUUCAACAAAAAACUUGUAACACUCGUAGAUAAAUUCAACAAUGAUUUUGUUGAUGCAAAGUUUAUUUACAUUAACUCUUACGGAAUGGGGUCUGGAGAUCCUACCCAAGCUGGGUUCAAAGUUUGGGAUGUUGGGUGUUGUUCGGUGAAUGAGGUUGGGCAAUGUAAGAAGUUGGAAAAGCCAUGUGAGAAUAGGACUGAGUAUGUGUUUUGGGACUCACAUCAUCCCACUGAGGCUUCCAACCUAAUCACUGCUGCUAGAAUCUUCAAAGCUUACGACUCAUCAGACAGUUAUCCCAUGGAUCUUAGUAGCCUAAUUCAAUCAUUUGGGCCUAAACCCUAUUAAUUAUAUGACUAUAUGAUCAGAUCUUUAUUACUAUUAUUAUUAUGGUAAUAAAUGAUAAUAAUGUUAUUUGUAUCUAGAAUUAAGAAAUUAUAUAAAUAAAACUUAAGCAAACGUGCAUAUUGUACGUUGUUUGAAUAUAA